CACUUUGUCCGUUGCUAUAAACGUGGCUGCAAUGUGCUGCUAUUGAAUUCACCCGGCUGAUGAAAUCCUAUCGACAAAUAUUAAUCUGUCGUUCUGUAGUUUGUAGUUCUAUCCCCACUAGAUUCCUUUUAAACUAUUUACCAUCUGUUGCUUGUGCUUUGUCGUCUUUCUCUCAUUUCCAGACUUCAAAACCACAGCUAAUUAGCUGCAAACAGUCUUAUUUCAAUCCUUUCCCUCUAAGACAGAAAUCUUUAUCAGUGAAUUGGGGAAGCAAGAAGAGAAAACAAGCUUCAAGAAGAAAACUAUUAAAGAUGGCUUUGGAAAAUCCUGAAAUUGAAAAAAUUCUCGCUCCUUUUAGGGAAAACGUCAAGAUCCAGGGAGAUUUGAUUCGCAAGUUGAAAGCAGAUAAUGCAGCAACUAUUGAUGUCCAGCAAGCAGUGGCUGAAUUGAAGAUCCGAAAACGAGCAUUGGAAGAAAAAGAACUUGAACUGACUCCUAAAGAUGAUUUUGAUCGUUCAAAGAUGGAAGAUCUUUUAAAGCAGCGUUUCUUUUAUGACCAAUCCUUUGCCAUUUAUGGAGGGGUGAAUGGGUUGUAUGACUUUGGUCCUAUGGGCUGUGCAGUGAAAGCAAACCUUCUGCAAGCAUGGCGGAAUUUUUUCAUUCUGGAAGAACAAAUGCUGGAAUUGGACUGUGCCAAGUUAACUCCUGAAGCUGUCCUUAAGGCCUCUGGUCAUGUUGACCGUUUUCAAGAUUAUAUGGUAAAAGACUUGAAGAAUGGUCAGUGUUUCAGAGCUGAUCAUUUGAUUGAAGCUCAUCUAGAGAAACUUUUGGAAGACAAAAAGACUCCUCAGAACACCAAGAAUGAAAUCAAACAGUUACUUCCAAAGAUUGAUGGAAUGAGUAAAGAUGAUAUGAGGGACUGCAUGCGUCAGUAUGCAAUGAAAUCCCCAGUUAGUGGCAAUGAUCUCACGGAUCCUAUGGAGUUUAAUUUAAUGUUUGCUACAUCCAUUGGACCAACAGGUCAGCUGAAAGGAUACCUUCGACCAGAGACAGCUCAGGGUAUUUUUGUUAAUUUCAAACGUUUGCUUGAGUUUAACCAAGGCCGUCUGCCAUUUGCUGGAGCACAGAUUGGAGACUCUUUCCGAAAUGAAAUUUCUCCUCGAUCUGGUUUGAUUCGAGUACGAGAAUUUACAAUGGCUGAAAUUGAACAUUUUUGUGAUCCGUCUGACAAACGUCAUCCCAAAUUCAGUAACUUAGCUGACAUGACGGUCAGUCUUUAUUCUGCUUGUAACCAAAUGGAUGGCAAGUCACCAGAACCACGCAGACUUGGAGAUGCUGUCAAGAACAAGUUGAUUGCCAAUGAAACUCUUGGAUACUUCAUGGGUCGUAUUGCACAAUUUAUGUUCAGAUGUGGUGUUGAUCCCAAGAAGUUUCGUUUCCGACAGCAUUUAUCUAAUGAAAUGGCUCAUUAUGCUAAAGAUUGCUGGGAUGCUGAAUGCAAAACAUCUUAUGGUUGGGUAGAAUGUAUUGGCUGUGCAGACCGUUCUUGUUAUGAUUUGACACAACACACGAAAGCAACUGGAACAAAACUGGUCGCAGAGAAAAGGCUGGCAGAACCAAUAUCCAUUGAUGUUGUAGAAUGUCAGCCCCAAAAGGGAGUCAUUGGAAAGGUGUUUCGCCAAAACGCCAAAAGCAUUUGUGACCAUCUCACCUCAAUGACUUCAAAAGAUCUCUUGGCUCUUGAUGCCGGUCUUAAAGAGAAAGGAGAAGUGCCUAUACAGGUGAAAGAUGAAGAAUAUAUUCUAAAAACAGAAAUGGUUAAUAUAAAAUCUUACCAAAAGACUGUCCAUGUGGAAGAAUUUGUGCCGUCAGUUAUUGAGCCUUCAUUUGGAAUUGGUCGUAUAAUGUAUUCUAUAUUUGAGCACAAUUUCCAUAUUCGGGAAGGUGAUGAACAACGUACUUAUUUGAGUCUCCCUGCAGUCAUAGCUCCGUACAAGUGUUCUGUCCUGCCUCUCAGCAAUAAUGCAGAGCUACAGCCUUUUGUGAAGUCCUUAUCUCAAGAAUUGGCAAAGAUUGAUGUUUCCCAUAAAGUUGAUGAUAGCAGUGGCUCAAUUGGACGGCGCUAUGCUCGAACGGAUGCUAUAGCUAUACCAUUUGGUAUCACAAUUGACUUUGAUACAUUGAAAGAACCACACACUGCUACACUCCGAGAGAGAGAUUCCAUGAAGCAAAUUCGAGCUCCGCUUGCUGAUUUACCAACGAUUGUGCAAGCAUUAGCGACUGGCAGACGAGACUGGCAAAGUGUUCUUGAUAAUUAUCCUUUGUUUGAGCAGCAGGAAUCAUCAAAAGAAUGUUGAAUUGCCAAAACGGAACCAAAUUUGUUUAUUGAUGUCAUGUGUUGGUAAAAGAAAGCUCUUAAUUUUCCUGGAAUCAUGUGAACCAGGGAUUGAAUUCUUGGAGAUCUGAAACCAAUGAUGCUCCUCUUCACCGAUUGUGAUAUAAAAUAAAUUUCAGCUGCUUCAAAUAUUAUUCACAAACUUUCUAAGGAAUAUGUCCUGCCUUAUAAAUAGAAUCAUAAAAUAUUCCAUAAAUUCUGUGUUCAUAGUAUUUAUGGAUUCUGUUUUUAUUCAGGUUUUUGGAUCAUGAAAUUACUAUCUUGUUAUGAGGUUUGUUGGACUCAAAUAAAACCAUUUUCCGAGACACUGAUGUCAAUCAAACUUUCUUUCUUUCUUUUAUAUUCUAAAAGAUACUUCAAUAAAUAGUUGACAGAAUUCUUUCUUUGACUGAUAUUAUUUUCAGAAAUAGAAAUAAUCUCAAAAGUAAACAACUAAGUUUUUAAGCUUUUUUGUCUUACAGAUAUUUUAUUGUUCUACAAAAAGACUUUUAUACUUGUUAAGAAAUCUUUGUUUUGAUUUAAUUUGGAAUUCUUAUUGAUCUCCUCAAUGAUUUGGUAACAAUAAAGGUGACAACACAAACAAACAUCAAAUGAUGAGUGACUAUCAUCAUCAUCAUCAUCAUCAUCACAGAGCAUCUGAACAAUUCAAAAGGUUAUUAUUAACGGAACCUCUUCUUUCCCUUUUUCUUUCUUAACUAUUGUAUAAUAUGUCAUUAGAAUUAUUUAUAAAAACUUAACUUCACAAAUACAGCACUGAAAUUACAGAGGAAAUAAUUGAUGUAAUUGGUAGCUCUAAACCUCAAGUGCUUAUUUCUUUUCUGUAUAUUCGGCAAUAAUUGAAACAUUUAUGGUUUCAAUUUGCUCAAAGUUUUGGGUUUGAGAAAGAUUCAAGAACAGAUAUCUAAAUGUUUGUCCAAAACAUGGUACUUAAAGGGGGGGGGGGGGGCAAGACACAAAGUGCCAGAGGCUUGACCUAUUCUGACUUUAUCUUGCAACAAUAAAGGAAAUGUAAAAUAGCAAUUAGAACAUAUUUAGAAAGGAACAGGAAGGAAGUUAUUUCUUUGAGGAGUAAAUAGGCUCCAGUUCCAAACUAAGCUAGAUUCAAUUUUCUUCUCUCCUGAAUGUUUUUAACUUUAUAUCUUCUAUAUUCAAAAUAGAAACCUUAUAUUAAAUACCAGUCAUACAUUAGGAUCGAUUCUGUCAAACAUAUCAAUUGUUUUCUUUUACAACAGAAUAAUAAAGAAUGGUUGAUGCAAAA